AUGGAGAGUACCUCAACACCACAGGCGUCUGGCUCAAAGCCUACGCCUACCGCUUCCAAGCCACGGAAGCGAUUCAUUGGAAGCAAGUCUGCUAAGCCUUCCAAACCAGGAGUACAGUCUGCAAUCAGCAACCAGAUUCCCCAAGACAUCCUCCACGACGCACAGCUCAAUGCGGCCAUCAAACAAUUACCUUCAAACUACUCGUUUGAGAUUCACAAAACCAUUCAUCAUGUUCGCAAAAACAAUGCUACAAUGGUUGCUCUCCAAAUGCCAGAGGGUCUCCAAAUGUUUGCUUGCACCAUAGCGGAUAUAAUCGAACGGUUUACUUCGGCAUUGACUGUCAUUAUGGGCGACGUUACGUAUGGCGCAUGCUGCGUCGAUGAUUAUACUGCUGUUGCUUUGGGCUGCGAUAUGCUUGUGCAUUAUGGGCAUAGUUGCCUAGUACCCCUGGAUCAAACCACGAUUAAAACAUUAUAUGUCUUUGUCGAGAUUGGCAUAGAUUCUAACCAUCUUGUCCAAAGUAUAAGAAUGAAUUUCCCAGAUGAUCGCGAGACAUUCCAUCGAAAUCUUUUGGACGCGGAGGAAGCAAGAGCACAAAUACCUAUCGGAACUCACAUUGGAGUUGGCCGCAAUCUUCGGAUAGAACAGGCGCCUUCUGCAGAAAGCACUGUGGUGGAUGAAGAACCCGUUUCCUCGACUUCACGCGCACCGACAAGAUUGGCAUUGGUUUCGACUAUACAAUUUGUAGCUGCAUUGCAACGGUUGAAGGAAGACCUUUCAGUUGAUCUCAGUCAACAAGAGACCGGCGCACUCUCAAACAGCCACAAAUACAACCUAUGGACAGGAAAAUACGAUACGGUCAUUCCGAGGUCGAAGCCACUAUCUCCAGGAGAAAUUCUGGGCUGUACGGCACCCCGCUUGACUGACGUUGACGCGUUGAUUUAUCUGGGUGAUGGACGAUUCCACCUGGAAUCCAUUAUGAUUGCGAAUCCUGAUGUCCCAGCAUUCCGAUACGACCCUUAUUCCAAAAAGUUGACGAGAGAACGUUAUGAUCAUCGAGAAAUGCAAGCCAUCAGAGAUGAUGCUGUCCAGAUUGCCCGCAGGAGUCUCGAUCGACCCUUGAAAGACGGGGAUGAAUCACCCCUCUGGGGUGUCAUUCUCGGCACUCUAGGCAGACAAGGAAAUCUAAAGCAAAUGCAGGCAGUGGCUCAUCAGCUUCAAGCUUCAAAAACGCCAAUUCCGUAUAUUCAGAUACUCUUAUCAGAACUGUCACCUGCGAAAUUGGCACUGUUCAACCCACAUAUCUCGACUUUUAUUCAAACGUCGUGCCCGCGGUUAUCUAUCGACUGGGGUUAUGCAUUCGAGAAACCGUUGCUGAGCCCAUACGAAACAUCUGUGGCUGUUGGGAAAGCUUCAAGCUGGAUGGAUACGGCAUCAGAGUCUUCUUUGGGCAUAUACCCGAUGGACUUUUAUGCCGCUGGUAGCCCAUGGGCAACGUCAAGGACAAAAGCGAGGUUCGAUGAUGCUUGA